AUGUCCAUCGAAAUUGAAUCUGCAGAUGUUAUUCGCUUAAUUCAGCAAUAUCUAAAGGAGUCAAACCUUACAAAAACUUUACAAACCCUUCAGGAAGAAACUGGUGUAUCACUUAAUACAGUGGACAGUGUCGAUGGCUUUUGUGCAGAUAUUAACAAUGGACACUGGGACACAGUGCUAAAAGCCACAGCUUCACUUAAAUUGCCAGAUAAAAAGCUCAUGGAGCUGUAUGAGCAGGUUGUGCUUGAGCUGAUAGAGCUACGUGAACUUGGUGCAGCACGAACAAUUUUGCGCCAGACACAUCCAUGUCAGCUUAUGAAACAACAUGAAACUGAUCGCUAUAUGCAUCUAGAGAACCUGGUGUCGCGGUCGUACUUCGACCCGCGCGAGGCGUACGGCUCGGGCGGCGGCAAGGAGCGGCGGCGCGCGGCGCUGGCGGCGGCGCUGGCGGGCGAGGUGUCGGUGGUGCCCAGCUCGCGUCUGCUGGCGCUGCUGGGCCAAGCGCUCAAGUGGCAGCAGCACCAGGGACUGCUGCCGCCAGGAACAACCAUCGAUUUGUUCCGAGGUAAAGCAGCCAUUAGAGAUGAAGAAGAUGAUCAGUGCCCAACUCAGUUAUCAAAAAUUAUAAAAUUCGGCCAAAAAUCUCAUGUGGAAUGUGCCAGGUUUUCACCGGAUGGGCAGUACUUAGUGACGGGUUCGGUGGACGGUCUGGUAGAAGUGUGGAACUUUACAACGGGCAAAAUCCGUAAGGACCUGCGCUACCAGGCGCACGACGAGUACAUGAGCAUGGAGGAGGCCGUGCUUAGCCUCGCCUUCGGACGCGACAGCGACACGCUGGCCGCCGGCUCCAUCGACGGCAAGAUCAAGGUGUGGCGCGUGUCGACGGGGCAGGUGCAGCGCAAGCUGGAGCGCGCGCACGCGAAGGGCGUCACGUGCCUGCAGUUCACGCGCGACAACACGCAGAUCCUCUCCGCCUCCUUCGACCGCACCAUACGGAUCCACGGGCUGAAGUCGGGCAAGCUGCUGAAGGAGUUCCGCGGGCACACGUCGUUCGUGAACGAGGCGGUGUUCACGCCGGACGGGCACGGCGUGCUGAGCGCGUCGUCGGACGGCACGGUGCGGCUGUGGAGCGCGCGCUCGGCCGAGUGCACGGCCACCUUCAAGCCGCUGGGCUCGGGCGAGCCGCCCGUCAACUCGCUGCUGCUCACGCCCAAGAACCCCGAGCACUUCGUGGUGUGCAACCGCACCAACACCGUGGUCAUCAUGAACAUGGCGGGCCAGAUCGUGCGCUCGCUGUCCAGCGGCCGGCGCGAGGCCGAGGGCGGCGCCUUCGUGUGUGCGGCGCUCGGGGCCCGGGGCCGCCUGCUGUACUGCGCCGGAGAGGACCUGGUGCUGUACGCCUUCUGUGCGGCCAGCGGCAAGCUGGAACGCACCAUCAACAUACAUGAAAAAGCAGUAAUUGGUAUGACACAUCAUCCGCAUCAGAACUUGCUGGCCACUUAUAGUGAGGAUGGCCUACUCAAGAUCUGGAAACCUUAA